AUGAUUGGAAAGGUUGUUCGAUUCCAAGAAACCUCUCUGGAUAAUUCGGCAAAACGACAAGACACGGUUCUGACCUUGCAUAAUCUGUUUGACGUCCUCCGGGACGUUGAGCUGACCGAUGGUGUACAAGGAACAGCCAACCUAACUACACCUCCCGACGAAGGUCUAGCUUACGGAGCGGCUGCAGCUGUACCAUCAGCUCGUUAUGAGCCGGCCAUCGACUCCGACGAGGAAUCACGGUUGCGUUGGCUCUGUUUCAAGGACGACGCUGAUUCAAUUAUAUCAUGGGUAAUCAACCUAUGGAAGCAGUACUUUGACCAGUCUGAGGAAGAUGUCAGCUUAGAGACUACAUCUCUCCUAUCAGAUCUAGCGCUCGAUCUGUUGUAUAAGAUCGAAGACGACAUGGAGCAUAACAACGACGAAGUAAACAAAGCCAUGUUCAAGGAGCUGGCCUCACUCUACAAUUGGAGUUCGACCGCCCUUGCCCUCUUCGAUUUCCGCGUCGCUGCAUAUGAAGGUAGAGGAUACCCGGCUGUAGUAAAGCUGGUACACAAGAGACAACCCCAACUAGGACUCGAUCCGUACAAGGAUUUUAUCCUAUUUGACGCUAAAUUUGUACGCUAUCUUACAGAGCUACAGCUGGAGAUGCGAUAUAUGAUUUUUCGAGCGAUCGACUCCAAUCACCCUGCCGCAGCCCUCUCUGGAUUCCAUCGCAACAUCUGGAAGUAUCUCGAUCUCAGUGUUGCCAGGAAAGAACAACUUAUCAGGUCAUGCGUAUCAAUUCCCGACCUCGCAGGGACGGCCGAGGCGCGUCUACAAUUUGGCGAGGAACAUAUCAUACCAUCGGAAGACCAAGACUUCCUGCGCAAAAACAAUCCCCUUACACCGGCAAAGCUAGCUCUCAACUUACAGUUCCUACGGGCUGAGAUUGGUUUCGAUUUCUUGAACGAUGAUCGCAGCUUGUUCCUCAUGUGCCAUUUGUAUAACGCACUUCGGCAACUAGGCUAUCUUGAAGUUCCGUGGAAAACGCUCGACUCACUGAUCGACAUGCACAUCAAGACCAUAUUCCUUGGUGCACUUCCUACGGAAAGCGCAAAGCAAAUGAGCAACCGCGUUCUCAUCGCGCUCGGAUGCGCGCCAGAACUUGUUCGAGCUCGCAACACUGGGAAAGGUCGGGAGGCAACUAUCAAGAACCUGGCGGUAUUGCGAGAGAAGAGGUCUGGCGCCCUGUGCUUCCCACCCAGCAUGGCUAUCGUUGCAGAUCAUCUGCAUGAUCGUGAGCCUCUACGCCGCACACUGACGCGUCUCGAUGCUGAGAUGGUCGCGAAACACUCUAGAGAGAGUAAAAACUCCCGCAUCAAAUCGUUCCUCGACGAAGAGAAUCCUACCACCUUUCUCGAGCGUCUUCGCAACCAUGUCUCAGACUUCCCACGGUACCUUGCGCUCGACUGUGUUGAGCUGACACGCAUUUGUGGCGGUCUUCUUAGGAGAUUUAGGUCAGAUGAGAUGAAGGUACUCAUGAAGCACGCAGAAUUGGACGCAGCACACCAGCAAUAUGUCGCGUCGCUAAUCAUUCAAGAGCUCGACAUGGAAGAGUAUAUGACACGACCAGGUAUGCCUGUACGGAAAGUCGCGCACGCGAUAGAAGCCGCGGCUAUACUGAAGGAGUACAUUGAAGGUGGCGAGGAUGCUCGAGCAGCGGUUAAAGACUACGUGCAGCGCAGGUAG